AUGUUCUGGCUGUAUGGUUUUAUGGUUGUAGUAGCCGGAAAGCCAACAAAGAAGAGACGAGUGGGAGUAGUAUUUGAGAAUUCUUGGGGUGCAAUGGGGAGUUUCUAUAGGAAUGAAUCGGAGUAUGAAUUCCGCAGUAGUGUGUGGAAGCGCUUGAUGAGUCGACCGCUCAAAGUCAAAGAAGUGUUUCGAGGAUCGGGUGUCUUCGGUAUGAGAGUAGGGAAAGAUUUUAAAGUUGAGAUUGAAUCCCUAAAGUGGAAACAGACGGAAAAUCAGAUGGCACGUUGA